AUGGCGCAUCUUUAUUAUUUUCUUUUCUUCUUUUUCUCCAUCUUUACUUCCUUUUUUUAUUAUCCAUCUUUUCUUUUUCAUUCUUUUUUGUAUUUUUUGUCCAUUUUUCUUUCUUCAUCUUUCUUCUCUUUUUCAUCUGUAUUUCCUUUUCUUUUAUUUUCUUUUAUAUCUAAAUUUCUUUCAUCUUUUAUCUUUUCAUUUUUUUUCUUUUUCAGCCAUAUUUCUUUUUUUUUCUUCCUAUUUAAUUUUGCUUUCAUGCUUUUUUCAUCUCUCUUCAUUUAUUUUUUCAUCCAUCUUGCUUCCUAUUUUUUUAAUCAAUUUUCACAUACCUUCUUUCUAUUUUCUUUCUCUUUCUCUUUCUUCUUAGUUCUUUUUUUAAAUUUUUAUAUUCCUUUGCAUUUCUUUUUUUUUUUGCUUUAUCUUUCUCUUUCUUACAUGAUUUUCAUUUUUUUUCAUGUCCAUUUUCUUACCUCUCUUUUUUUUCUUACCUCUCUUUUUAUAAACAUACUUCUCUUUCGUGUUUUCUUUCUAUCAACCUUCUUUCCUGUGUCAAUCUGCUUUUUUCAUUGUUUGACUUUAUUCAUCAUGAUAAGAUAUUCUUACAUGACCAGCCAUUUUGCUAUAAGGAGGGCUUGGACAAAGGAUCAAAGAAAGCAACUGAAUGUUGAGUUACAAAGCCAACAUAUUUCUUCAGAAAAUUUGCAGUCCUCUGCAAAUAAUGAUGUUAUUGUGUCAACCCCAAUUUGGACACUCAUUUCCCCAUCACAUGACAACACCAAAAAUGACAGUGACAGUCAUGUGCAUUCUGGAAACAGGAACAUGAAACCCAAGCAACGGCCAAUGAGUUGUAAACCAAGAAAUAUUCCAGCCAAAAGAAGAUUCCAGCAGCAAAGAAUUUCUUCAUCCAACGAAUCUCUUUCUGGCCCCGAAAUGUCUGGUAACAAAAACAUUAAGGAAAAAGCAACUGCUGUAGCUUGGCCAGAAAAAGAUAAUCAAACAAAUGAAAUAUCAAGAGAGAUCAAUGACUUUUUACCAGGUAAACAGAGAACAGUGAGAAUAUUUCAGAAACGAGACCAAAAGGAAAAAUUCUUGUUUGAUAAUGGAGUUGGUGAAGGUGAAACUCAACUUUUUCAUGCAUCUGCUUUUCCUGCUCGUCAUGUGACAAUGUCUUUACAACAUCGGACAUCUGUAAAAGGCAAAAAAUAUCCAGUAACACCUACAUCUUCACUGAAAAGCAACCAGCCACAGGGAGAAAUGUCCCAAGAGAGUCACAAAUGUAUAAUUCCUGCAACAUCUACAGAACCAACAGUUUAUGACAGUAUUGACACAGAAAGGUUGUUACGGUUGAACCUUUCUGAUCCUGUACUGAUGUCAGAUUUACAAGAGGAACUGAUAUCAAGACAUGCAGGAGAAAAUAAGAAAUUUUUGUCUACAAUGGCACCACCAUCUUCUCCAAGAGUUGCAUCUCCAAUACCACAUGCUAACUCAGCAGCUCAGCAAAGAACCUAUAAUAAUGGUAUCUAUAAAACCAUAAAGACGUAUGAGUUUGGCCCUGAAGGACCCCAAGAAACUGUUCAGAAAACUCUCAUUUGUCAAAAUGCCACUGCUGACAAGAGACCAAAGACAUCAAACUCUACACCAGUUACAAAUAAAUCAUUGUGGAAGUCAAGGCCACAAAGUGGACCUUCUAGAUUUUUGACCAACAAUAAUAUUGUAAACAGUUCAGAAAAAGACAAUUUCUUUACCAAAGAGAGAGACAAGAAUAAUUCAAGUAAUCUUUUUGAAGAACUUGGGGAACCAGUAGUGGAUGAAAAGAUGGAGAAAGAGUCUGAUUAUUAUUUAACCACAACAAAAUACAUUCAAACCGACAAAAAGGAAACAAGUUCAAACACAUCACCACCAUCAAUGGAUUACACUAGAAACAGAAGACUUCCUGAAAAUUUCAGUAUUUACAGAUCAACUGCAACGGGUUUAUCGAGCCAACCAUCAGCAGUGAAUGCGUCACAAACAGAAGUGAAAACUGAAACACAGCCACACCCUACUAAAACUAAAUCAGAAAGAAAGUCAGGACCCUCAAAGAAGACAAAAUUGAGCAAAGGUAGGAAUCGAUCAAAACCAACCAAGCUGACUGGACCUCCGGUGUAUUUGACUUCUGUCCAGUCACAGAAUCCAACUGAUGAAGAUGACUUUGAAUGUGAAAAAUUGUCCGAGAAACUCAUGGAAAAUGGUGUUUAUGUCUCCUGGAAAACAAUCAGAGGGGGCCUUUAUCCACCUACUGGUCGAUCUCUACACUAUGAAAUUGCAGACACUGGCUUGUUACCACCAUCUGAUUUAUUAAGUCAUCCCAAGAACUGGUUUCCUAAAGAAUACAAGGAACUUCAACAAGCAACAAAGAAUCUUGAACGAGCCGAAUUGGUUUUAUGGAAACAGAAACGGGCAGAAGAAAAGAAAUUUGGUUCCAAGAGAAAGAAGAAAAUUGCCAAGAAAAAGAAGAAAUAA